AGAGGAGCACUUAGCAGCUUAUUCAGUGUCCGAUUCGGAUUCCGGCAAGGAUCCAAGCAUGGAAUGCUGCCGUCGGGCAACUCCUGGCACACCGCUCCUCUUUCUGGCUUUCCUGCUUCUGAGCUCCAGGACAGCACGCUCCGAGGAGGACCGGGACGGCCUAUGGGAUGCCUGGGGCCCGUGGAGCGAGUGCUCACGCACGUGCGGUGGGGGGGCCUCCUACUCACUGAGACGCUGCCUCAGCAGCAAGAGCUGUGAAGGAAGAAAUAUCCGAUACAGAACAUGCAGCAAUGUGGACUGCCCACCAGAAUCAGGUGAUUUCCGAGCUCAGCAAUGCUCUGCUCAUAAUGAUGUCAAGCACCAUGGCCAGUUUUACGAAUGGCUUCCUGUGUCUAAUGACCCUGACAACCCAUGUUCACUCAAGUGCCAAGCAAAAGGAACAGCCUUGGUUGUUGAACUAGCACCUAAGGUCUUAGAUGGAACUCGUUGCUAUACAGAAUCUUUGGAUAUGUGCAUCAGUGGUUUAUGCCAAAUUGUUGGCUGCGAUCACCAGCUGGGAAGCACCGUCAAGGAAGAUAACUGUGGGGUCUGCAACGGAGAUGGGUCCACCUGCCGGCUGGUCCGAGGGCAGUAUAAAUCCCAGCUCUCCGCAACCAAAUUGGACGAUACUGUGGUUGCUAUUCCCUAUGGAAGUAGACAUAUUCGCCUCGUCUUAAAAGGACCUGAUCACUUGUAUCUGGAAACCAAAACCCUCCAGGGGGCUAAAGGUGAAAACAGUCUCAGCUCUACAGGCACCUUUCUUGUGGACAAUUCUAGUGUGGACUUCCAGAAAUUUCCAGACAAAGAGAUACUGAGAAUGGCUGGACCACUCACAGCAGAUUUCAUUGUCAAGAUCCGUAAUUCGGGGCCCACUGACAGUACAGUCCAGUUCAUCUUCUAUCAGCCUAUCAUCCACCGAUGGAGGGAGACGGAUUUCUUCCCUUGCUCAGCAACCUGUGGAGGAGGUUACCAGCUGACAUCAGCUGAGUGUUACGAUCUCCGGAGCAACCGCGUGGUUGCCGAUCAGUACUGUCACUAUUACCCGGAGAACAUCAAACCCAAACCCAAGCUUCAGGAGUGCAACUUGGAUCCUUGUCCAGCCAGGUGGGAGGCCACCCCGUGGACCGCGUGCUCCUCCUCGUGUGGGGGGGGCAUCCAGAGCCGGGCAGUUUCCUGUGUGGAGGAGGACAUCCAGGGGCAUGUCACUUCAGUGGAAGAGUGGAAAUGCAUGUACACCCCUAAGAUGCCCAUCGUGCAGCCCUGCAACAUUUUUGACUGCCCUAAAUGGCUGGCACAGGAGUGGUCUCCGGUAACUGUGCCUUCUUUCUUUGUUCAUUAGGAGAGUAAGGCCACUCUUCCCUCUCAUCACCAUGGCCCCACCGGGUACCCUGUGCAGCUCCACACUUCUCCUCUUGAGGUGUCUAGAAGCCUACCAGCUUAGCUCCUGGAGUAGGAAUGCCCCAAAUCCAGCAUGACCAAAAGUAAAUGAUGUUUUUUUUAAAUGUCUUUCUUCAAGUUACUUCCAGAAGCCCCUGUUGCCUCCCAGAUAACGUUCCCUCAAAUGGCAAAGGGAAACUAAUGCCUUUCAAGAGUAAUUGAGGCUGAAUGACUCAUCCUGGAUCUGUGAAAGCUGCUUUGAUGAUAGAAUUCAGUAGACCAGAAGUUUGAUUUCACAUUUUAUUUAUUAUACUUUAUAUCCAAAAAGGGUCUAAGUAGAUUAAAAUUAAUACUGUGAAUAUUAUUUAUUGGGGGGAAAAGGUGAGAUGAAAAUAGCACAAAAGUUAAAAUUGGGAUGAGAUAGGACAAUUAAAACAAAAAUCUAUAGACUUUAGGAAACCUGCUGUCAUUAAACAUAAAAUGUUAUCCUGGGAUUCCUGGCUGCUAACAGAAAAAUGGAAAGGGCAAAGGAAAUAGAAAGAUGAAAUAAGCCAUUGUAUCCUCAGCCACAGAAAUGACAAAAGCCUCUUCACUGAGCCCUUUGGCUUUGUGGCAGCAGAUCAGGAGCUGUGACGUUUUCUGUAUCUAGACACACGACCGACAUGGAGAACCAUUGGUGGUGCUGUCUGUAUCUGCCAUCUGGCCUUUGAAUGAGUUCCUUGAAACCUUUUUUCCAUCUCAAUAUAAUCAACUGGAUUGGCCACGCCACAAUAUAAAUUAGCUAUGACAGCAGUUUUAAAUUUUUAAAUAUUCAUGUGGGAGCAUUUUCCAUAUUUUUGGACGCAGCAGUCAUUAGCAAAGUAAUAGAAAAAUGUGAUGUUGCAAAUCAAAAUU